CCGCAUUACUCAGCAUCCCUAUCUCGGGAAAAUACUCACCCCACCGCGCCUUGCAGCCCUCCACAUCCUCCAUUAUUGGGCCUGCUGCUGAUUUUCUUUUCUCUUUGUUACUCUGACUCUGCCUUAUCAUUCUCGCGAUCCGUCUGUCCAAACUCCAACCUCACCCCCUUCGCUCCAACUCUGCUUCCGCAUCUUCAUCUUCAGGUGGCGAUACACCCCACCAUGGCACCGCGAACCCUCCUCCUCGCUCCACCCUCCAUUUCCGCCCACCCCGAGGUCCUCGACAAGGUCUACUCCACCCAUGACCGCUCUUCCACAGAUCUGCAGAUGCUUGAUCGCAUUGCCGCCGGCCUCGUUCAGCUGCCCUCAUCUACCUACGACGUUGUUCUGCUUCUCACAGACGCCGACGGCACAACGCGGGAGAGCCACACCCUACUCGGCAGGACAGUCAUGUCCAAGGUGGUCAACUCACUAAAGCCCGGGGGUUUCCUGAAGAGCCAGGACGGCGGUUUCGGCGCACAACAGACUCCGGAGAAGACGGAGGCCAUCCUGGCGGGUCUGCUCGAGGGCAUUGAGGGCAUGAUGAAGCCGGAGCAGGUGGAGAGCGUGUCGAUACCCCUGAAGUUGGGCAGGAAAAAGGCGACGAAUGGCGCGGUGAAUUCUCCGACAAGUGGAACCAACGGGAUCCUCAAUGGCAACUCGCUCAACAUAAAUGGGAAGCGCAAUUCGCCCGAGCCCUCCAAGCCCGCCGGUGUUGGCUUCGUGGACUUCAGUGAUGAUCUGGACGAUCCCAUAAUCACUGGCGAGGACGAUGAGCUCAUAGACGAGGACGACCUGAUCACAGAGGAAGACAGACUGGGUGCCAUUGUUCAGCCUCCUGAGUGUCGACCCAAAGCCGGAAAGCGACGCCGUGCCUGCAAAGACUGCACGUGCGGAUUAAAGGAGAAGAUUGAAGCCGAAGAUGCCGCCAAACGCGCUACAGCCGACAAGGCACUGAACACCUUAAAACUGGGAGCCGACGACCUGGCCGAGGUCGAUUUCACUGUUCAAGGGAAGGUCGGAAGUUGCGGUAACUGCGCGCUGGGCGACGCGUUCAGAUGCGAUGGGUGUCCUUACAUUGGCUUGCCGGCGUUCAAGCCUGGAGAGGAGGUGCGCCUCCUAAACAACGAUAUCCAACUCUGAGGCGUUGGGUCUUCCGCCAUAUACCAUAGACAGAGUUGAAGGGAUACGUUCUGCAUUUUUCGGCGUCACUGGAAUUUCAAUGUGGGAAUGCUAGGCCAGUCACAACCUGGCACGUCCUGGUGCUUGAUGAAGGAGGUUACAUUGCUUCAUGUCUGGGUAGAUAUAGAGACGGUGUUAUGAUUAUGCUACAUUACGACUGAAGGAACCUGCUCUACUGUG